AUGGACUUCAAGCCCCGACUCGGUGACGUGCGCCGACUGAGUGAGCAGGCCGUGCUGGACCAUAUUAACGAUCGCACUAGGUCCAGACAAUAUCCUGCACAGAAGCUCAGACGGUUAGAAAGCCUCUUGGAGGUCCCUGAUCAUGUCCUCGCCUGCCAAGCCUUUUUCCGAGAUUUUAUCUUUCCUGAGAAGGACGGCUUCACAGUGACAUGCUAUUUGGCCCGCGACCCUAAACCUUUCUAUGGGGUGAUGGUAACUAGGAAGAUGCCCAACACAGGCGAGGAGGAGUGCAUCAUGCUCAUCGCCCCAAGUAAUGAACACAUGCAAAAGUGGCUGACCGAUGUGCAGUUUUUGUCUGAAGGGGAGUACAAAAAGCUGGGGAUUGAGACCAGAUGUGGCGCCGUCUUGAGCGAGGACGGCCUGCUACAGCUCUUCUUCCGUGGGAGGGAGGCUGCAGACUCCACUGCUAAUCACAGCAACGACAAGUAUCGCACGACUCUUUCGUACAAAUUGUCCACCUUCACCGACCUCGAGGCCCUCCGCAAGCACUACCCCUCAUCUCCGACCGACACCCCCAAGCAGAAGAAGAGGGCUGUUCAGGCUAGAACCAAAUGGUGGGAUACGCGCGGCCGGAAAGCCGUAAUGGCCGGGAUGGCCGGUCCCUAUGUACCGCUUGUCGCCCCCAUUGAAACCCACCACUUCGCCCUGCUGGCUUGGAUCGUGCGGCUCCGGGCCUUGUUUCCCGCCUCCGACGGCUUUGUAUACUCCUUCUUCCAGUACGGCGUUGGCAAAGACCAGCCAGACGAGAAGGCAAGGAAGAGAUACAAGUGUGUUCGGAUCGGCAAAAAGCAGGAGAAUGGUAGCGUGACUGCCGUAAUGACCGCGAUGCUGAUGUCCAGGUGCUACUUCACCCAGGAAAAAAGGCCUCUCGAUCUCCUUGCGCAGCAGCAGGUCUGGUGCACCGAGGCCGAGGUGCUGUGUCAAACCGGCCGGCCGGCUUACCUCGCCACCAUCGAGCCCGCGUCCGGGGAACUCACGAUCUAUGAGAUUCCGGACCCGCUGGGGCCUUUUCUUCCUGUUCAGUGGUGCUUCCUGACUUCCUGUAGCACAAGCAGUGCCUCGGAGCGGCUGCAUACACGCCUCUAUUUCAAGGAGAUCUUCAAUAAGAUCACCAGAGAUCGAGUUCGGUUUGUGGAGCCAGAGGUUGAGCCAGUUGGGAAGCGAGAACGCUACGCCGCGAAGAUCAAAUCGCUGAUGGCGCUUUCAUAG